AUGUCAUUUAUAGCAACUGGAUCGCUUUUAAUUUUUGGACUGUUUUUUAUAUUUAAGGGUUUGCGCAGAUAUUUCCAUUUUGAACUUGAUAAAAGCUCAGGGCAUUAUGGAGGAGAACUGGUCGCAGAUGUAUUAAAGGCGCAUAAUGUGCCGUUUAUUUUUACACUCAUCGGUGGUCACAUAUCACCGAUACUAACAGCUGCAGAAAAGGAAAAUAUACGAGUGAUAGAUGUAAGACAUGAAGCUUCAGCUGUUUUCGCUGCCGAUGCUGUUUCAAGACUUUCUGGUUCUGUCGGUGUUGCUGUUGUCACUGCAGGACCUGGUCUCACGAAUACAGUGACUGCAGUGAAGAAUGCUCAGAUGGCUGAAUCUCCAGUGGUUUUGUUAGCUGGUGCUGCAGCAAGCCUUUUGCGUGGUCGUGGGUCACUUCAGGAUAUUGACCAACUCACUCUGUUUCGUCCACUUUGUAAAUGGUGCAAACGUGUAGAUUAUGUCAGAGAGAUUAUUCCUAUUCUUUGUGAAGCGUUUUAUAUUGCACAGUCGGAUACACCUGGACCAGUUCUAGUCGAGUUACCGAUUGACAUAUUAUAUCCAUACAAAUUAAUUGAAGAGCACACUAAUAUAUCCAACAAGACCAACUCUUUAAGACAAAAGAUUAUGAACUGGUACCUACGUUUUUAUCUUUUCAACUUAUUCGCCAAUGGGUUUACAUCAAAAUUGGAUCCUUCAAAAACUGGUGGUUUAGGUGCCAUUGUUAUUAAGUCACCGAAAAUUCCCCUCCCAUCGAAAAGACAGAUUAUAAAAUUAGCUCAACUUAUCCGGAUUUCUGAGAAGCCGAUAUUGCUAAUUGGUAGUCAGGCUGUUUUACCUCCAAUCUCGGCUAAAGAAACAGCUGUCAAUGUUCAAAUUUUGGGCAUACCUACUUACAUGUCAGGAAUGGCCCGUGGUCUCCUCGGUCGGGAUCAUCAACUUGGAUUUCGUCAUGCACGUCGUACAGCUCUUCGUGAGGCUGAUUUAAUCAUUCUAGCAGGCGCAAUUUGUGACUUUCGUUUAGACUAUGGUCGUGUAUUGAAUCGAAAGGCAAAAAUUGUUGUUAUCAAUCGAAAUAAAAAGAAUAUAUAUCUUAAUGCUGACUAUUUCUGGAGACCGUAUUUCACCAUUCAAGCUGAUGUGGGAACAACACUGAAAAAUUUAGCGCUUGAACUUCAAGACCAUAGUUUUGCUACUCAUGAACGCUAUUUUACGGAAUGGAUAGAUCUUUUGAAGUUGCGCGAACUGAAACGAGAUGAAGAGAUUAGAUCAAGCUGCCAAUCUGAAGGUGUUGAACAUAACAAUCCACUUGCAAUACUCUGGAAGUUAGAACAUUAUGGUUUGCCAGCAGAUUCCUCCUCUGAGGAUAGUAUUAUCGUUGCUGAUGGUGGGGAUUUUGUAGGAUCGGCGUCAUAUAUUGUACGUCCAAGACAACCAUUGUCAUGGUUAGAUCCCGGCCCGUUUGGAACACUAGGAGUUGGUGGAGGAUUUGCUUUAGGAGCUAAAUUAUGCCGACCAAAUGCUACUGUAUGGGUGAUAUAUGGUGAUGGUUCAUCUGCAUAUAGUUUAGCUGAAUGGGAUUCUCUUGCGCGUCAUCAUGCCCCUGCUAUUGGUGUUAUUGGUAAUGACGCUUGUUGGUCACAAAUCGCUCGUGAUCAGGUCGCAUUUUUCCAGUCUCAAAUUGGUUGCCAGUUAAAUUAUACACCCUAUGAAGUAGUCGGAUCAGCUUACAGUAGAAGUGUCGCCAGUGUUUCAGAUGAUAAUACAACUGCUAGUAAGGCAAGUGGUGUUACAGUCAACGGUUUCUUGGUUGACAAACCUCAGUUACAUCAGAUCAGUCAUAUAUUUGAUGAAGUUAAACGAUUGUCUAGUAAGGGUAUACCAUCUAUUAUGAAUUGCCUGAUUUCACCGAGUAAUUUUCGAGAAGGCAGUUUAUCUGUUUGA